UGGAGGGGUCUUAUGGAGGUUAAAGCAGUUCUGCGGUUAUAUGCUCGUUGGCAAUUGAUUUCUGAUUCUUCAGUUAAUGUCUGGCAUGAUCCUUGGCUAUCAAUGGAUAGUUCUUUUUAUGUUUUUUCUUUGAUUGUUUCUGGCUUUGAAGACUUGACUAUGGCCGAUUUGAAAGAUCAAACAGGGGAAUGGAAUGAGAUGUUAGUCCUCGGCUUUUUCUUCCAGAAGGCUCGUACUAUUUUCUCAAUCCCCUUAUAUUUUGACAGAGGGUUGGACAGAUGGGUUUGGCAUUGGACCUCCAAUGGUCAUUACUCGAUACAAUCAGGUUACCAUUUAUGUGUACAACAGUCUCUCCCACCAGUUACUUACCCUUCAGGCUCUCUUUGGAAGCCCAUUUGGCCCUUAAAAAUUUCAGCCAAGAUGGCAAUAUUUAUCUGGCGAGCAUGUCGUGAUGUCCUUCUUACAAGUGCAAGACUUGGUGCUAGAGGUGUGGCUAUUUCUUCUUCUUGUCCUUUCUGUCAUGAAGUGGAGACCCCUUGCCAUGUAAUUUUUGACAGUUCUAAUGCUAAGCUGUGCUGGCAGUACGAUGGGAAACUAGCCAUGGAUUGCUGCCUCCCAUAGCUGGUGUUUUGAAAGGUAAUAUUAAACUUUCCCACUAUACUAUACCUUAUCUUAUAUUUCUCAGAGGAUAAAAAGAAAUGAUUAUUUCAACUUAUUUUAC